GGCCUAACCAAUGUCCUGCCUUAAAACAUUUUCUCUGUCCAUUUGGGGAGCUAGAGGGGACUUGACUGGUUGGGUGCUGAAUGGAUGUUUCCACUUGUGGGAGAAUCUGGAAGUAAGGGUCAGAUUUUAAGAAUGACUAUAAAGUCUUUGGAGAUGAACGUCAGUUGGGAUGGCGCUACAUAAAUGCAAGUCUUUUUUUUCAGUUCUCACCGAGCUGCAUGAGGGCAGUAGGACCCACGGGAGCUCUGUAGAAACUGCAAACAACGUACGUCAAGACAGUAACUAGAGUGGAACUGAUUGUUAGGUGUUUGGUCCAAACUAUUUAGCAUCACAUCUCCGAGAGAGAGAGAGAGAGAGUAGGGGGGAGCUAGCAGAAAACAAUCAGGACUGAAGGAUCUGUGUCAGACAGAAGUUGCUGGAUUCUCAGCUCCAAACAGAGGAACUUCAGAAAAUCUCCAACUCUCUGACUGUGGGAAGAAGCCUUCUCUGCGUUUUAACCAGGAGCACAGAGGGCGGAAUGCAGUUAGGCAAGGACUGGAUCCAAGCUUCUGUGAGAUUGGGAACUCCAGAGUCGCUUCUACUCCAAAGCCCAGCUGGAAGCCGGAGCUGAGACUCCAACAUGAACUCCAACUUCCAGCUGCCCCGUCCUUUGAAGAGAGCUCAGCACUUGGCCGGCUGCAGGACGGUGAGAGUGGCCAUUCUGGGCCAAGGGGCUGUGGGGAAAACUGCAAUCACCGUACGGUUCAUAACUAAAAGAUUCAUCGGAGAGUAUGAUCCCACUUUGGAAACAAUAUACAGACAUGUGUCCUCGGUGGAUGGGGAAUGUGUGCAGUUUGAAGUUCUCGAUACUGCAGGCCAGGAAGAAGAUGCGAUGUUAAUCGAGGAAAAGAUCAAGUGGGCAGAGGGUUUCAUCAUCGCCUACUCAGUGACAGACCGGUGUAGCUUUGAUGAGGUUCUCCGACUGAGGUUCUUGAUCAGCCACGUCCACUCCAGCUUGAAGCGGGGUCACAGCGAUGCCCCGCCCCCUGUGGUCAUCGUCGCCAACAAGAAGGACCUCGAGUACGACCGGAUGGUGACCACGGAGGAGGGCGAUGGCAUCGCCCAGGCACUCAAGUGCCCUUUCUUUGAGAUCUCAGCCCGAGACAGCUAUGAGGAGACGGUGGGCGUCUUCAAUUUACUUUACCGGGAGAUGGCAACCAGUGGAGUGCUGUCAACCUUUCGGCGGAAGGUCUCCUCGAAGCUGAUGGACAAGAUACCCAGGAUCCCCUCAAACGCUACCAUGAGCUUGUCUACACGGAGUUUCAGCUUGAGUUCGGUGAAGGACUUCUUGACCGAUUAAGCUUCUUGCGGAAAGCCUAUCCAAAAGACAUCUCUGUUUGGCUGACUGGUAACAUCCCAAAGCAAUCUGCAGCAAAUUAAGUACUUUUUUGAAGUGUUUGUAUAAUAUAGGAAACAGUGGCAGGCAUCUUUGGCACAGCAAGUUCUCUCAAACUGCGACAUGAAACAGAUGCUGAUGAAGGGCUAAAUAUGGAAUAGAACAGCAGAAAAUCUACUCUUCUUCACAUUGCAAGGGAUCAUUUAUGGGGCUUCAAUUUGAACUGUCAUCUUGAAAUCGGAUUGUUUUGUGGUCAGACUAGAUCAACGCAGUUUUUCCUGGUUACCCUCCGCACAGGAACUAUAGAUACGUUUGAGGCUUGCUGAACACAAGGAGAGACCCAAUGAGGCGGAUAGCCUCCUGUGUUACAAUGGCUAGGACUGAGGGCCAUUUAUUUGUUUUUAAAAAUUGAAAAUAAAGCCAACAGGAUAACAGGCACCUUUACAAGUCUGUCAAACUGCCUUAACAUUCUUGAAGUGGUUAAAACAUUUUCCUUUUCACUAUCAAUGAUCUCAGCUGUUCAUAUGCAGCAAAGUUCCACGGGUGGUUGAUACAAUUUAAGUAAUGCCAUUCACUGAAUGUGAACGAUUUAUGUCAAGAGGACAGAGACAUAGACUAGAAUCAGCCAUCAUGGUAGGAGUCAACCAGUUGAAUUUUGAUAUCAAUCCUGCAGUUAUGUCAUAUUCACGCCAGGAGAUUCCACAAAAUUAACAUACUUUAGUUUCAGUAGAACCAAUGAGGAGGAGUAACUAACCUCUACUUUCUCUGUAAUGGACAGUUUAGAAAGAGAAGCGGAUGAAAGCAUGAUAUGCUUUUGUGGAGGACAGACACCGACAUGAGAUGGUUUUUACUACGGGGGGCUUACAUAGUGCACUGCAUCAUGCAUCGAUCGGGAGUGCAGGUUAUGUUUUAAUUACCAAAUGUAAUUUAUAUACAUGGACAGAAGGGGGAUUUUUAAAAAAUGUAUUCAUAGGAUGUGGGCAUCUCUGGCUAGGUCAGCAUUUAUUGCCCAUCCGUAAUUACCUAGACAGCAACUGAGAGUCAGCCAGAUUGCUGUGAGUCUGGAGUCACAUGUAGGCCAGACCAGGUAAGGAUGGUAGUUUCCUUCCAUAACCAGAUGGGUCUCCCUCACUCUCCACAACAACAAUUGACAUUAAUUUCAUGGCCAUCAUUAGUCCAACAUUAAUUCCAAGUUUUUAAUUGAAUUCGAAUUCAACCAUCUGCAAUGGUGGAUUUGAAUGGCAUCUCAAGAUCAUUACUCUAGUCUCUGGAUUAGUAGUCUAGUGAUAAUACAAUUAGGCCACUGCCUUCCCCUAUUAAGAGGGAAAAAAACAGCUCGUGGAUAGAAAUGGGUAUAUAUUACACAACAAACAUAACAUGUACGAAUUUCUCUCACUGUCAGACUGAGGGUUGCCGUUCCCAGAAACAUAGGAAUUUAGGAGUAGCUGUAAGCCAUUUGGCCAAUCAAGCUUACUCUGCUGUUCAGUGUGUUCAUGGCUAACUUUCUCUCUCAAGGUCAUAUUCCCACCUCCCCAUACCCGCUCAUGCCUUUAAAAUCUACCUACCUUGAAUAUAUUCAGUGACUGCAGAGUUACUCAUGAAGCUGGGUUGAGACAGAAGGGGGCAUAAUCCAAUUAAGACAUUAUAAUUCAUUACUAGCAACGAGGUCUUUUGGUACAGUGGGCGACAUUCCUCCUCCUCCUCCUGGACCACAGGUUCUGGGUCUGCAAGUCCCAUGCUGGAACCUGUUGGCUGUGGAAGGUGCACACAUAACCAGGCCAAGCCAGUUGACUGUCAGCCUGUAAAUCCUUCCAAUACACCUGAUGGUUGGGAGUAAGAGGGGGAAAGAGUCCCCCCAUCCUGCAAAUGGUAAACCCCAGCAGCAGCACUUUAACCAGAAGUGUGGACUAAUCCAAUGAAAAUCCAUGGUCCAACUCUGGGAAAUGAGAACGGGAGAAAAGACAGACAAACAACCAACAUGGGGAGUGUAGGAAAGGGAAAGAAUGAACGGG